UCAAAAACAUAGCACCGCAACAUGAAGUGCGCCGAUCGCUUCCGCAACGCCGCCGCUGUUUUGGAUCAUUUCUGUGAGCCAGGUGUGUGAAAUGCGUGAUGGGGAGAGACACGAAGAGGGAUGUCAGCUGAGGAGAUCGAGCCUUCGUCAUCGUCGUCCUCAUCGUCGUAGCUGUUGCCGACGUCAGAAGCAGAGCCCCAUUGCUCCCUGAACAGACCCCCAUUCCCCGCGCCACCCCACUCCCCCUCCUCCAGGGGCCAUGGAGCAGAAACCACGGGGGGAGAAAACCAGGACUAGCUACUUCAGCAACGUAAAGACCAGGCUGGGGUCGAAGCUACCUCCCAGCAGCCAGCCACCGGGUUUCAUUGCCUGGGAAACGCCAUGCUGCGAUGCCCGGCCCGGGACCAAGAGGGAGGGCGGGGACACCCCAGGCACCCGCACCACAGGACACCCCCAAGAGACCCGCCCCCAUCACCACGUACCCCACAUACGGAACCCGCAGCUGCGAGAGUACUAUCUCAGAGAGGCCACAUGGCUUCCAGAGGCCCCCAAGACAAAACCGGAGGAGGUUGAAACGUCCAAUGGAAGAGUUGAGUACACAGUGCGUCCUGAUGACACGGUUUUUAGUGUGGCAUCCCAGUUCCAUACCACUCCCACCCAGCUAGUACACCUGAACAAACUUCCCAACAACACCCUCAUUCCAGGACAGCGCCUGAUUGUUCCAGAGAGCAUGGCCUCGACCCCUCCGCUGCAGACAGCGUCCUCCGACCCAGAUCCAGACCUGGACCCGCCGAGCACACCAGCGCCCGCUCCCUCCUGCAGCCCCCUCUCCCCAUCCCCCGACGCCGAAUAUGACAAGCUCCUGGAUGUGGAGGCAGUGCCAAUGCUUGAUGGACAGCUGUGUUUGUUGGCCCUACCCGCUGAGUGUUCAGAGGGGGCGGGGCCUACUUCCAUGCCUUACCUAAAACUCGGCUGUCGCUACAUCACCGACCGCAAGGGUGUGGUCUCGGGAGUGUUGCUGGUGACGCCCAAUAAGAUCUUCUUUGACCCCUACAAGUCUCAUCCCCUUGUGAUGGAAAAUGGCUGUGAGGAGUACCUGCUCUCCUGCUGCGUGGACAGCAUCAUUUCUGUUUCCUUCUACUCUGACAUCUCCCACGUCCACUUCAACACCUCCACACAGCGGUGGAAAGGCAGGAAGAGGGCCCCGAACCCCAAAGCCAUGAAGAAUCUGGCGCGGCGGUUCCACGGAGCAAAGCAUGGCCAUGCUGCUGACCACAAAGGGAAGGCUGUCCUUGCGCUUGUGUCUUCCGCUACAGCUGACCUGAGAUCAGCCUCAUCCUUAAACCUCAAUCCGUCACUGGGUGGCCUGACCAGCGAAGAGCACAGCACUGAGAGCCAGGACACGACAGAGGCCGAGAAGCAGCAAGAGACCACGGGAGCCUCUGUGGAUGAGCUGGCUGCACAGUCAGCCGGAAUGCUGGGGGUGGCUGUUCUGAGCAGUGCUGCCACCUUCUGCUGUGGAGGCGUAGAUGUAGGAGACAAAGUGAACAUGGAGCUGGUGCACCUGGAUGGCAUGGAACAGCAGCAAGGUCCUGGGAAAGGGCCAGCAGGCUUGUCUCAUCAGUCCUCAGGUAGCUCUGGAUCUCUGAUGUUUGUUCGGCUGCGCCUCCGGCUGCCACCCAGUAAGAAGAGGGGUGUAUUUCUCCCUGAGCCUGGUGUGUCCAAAACUGCUCCCACUAAGGAUGCCUGGUUUGCCCUCGCCCAACAGAGUUCAGACGAGCUGUACGCUUACCUGACCCACUGGAGGUCUGACCUCUGCAUCCUGGAGGGGGGCGAGGAAGAGGAGGGAGAGGGGGAGGAGGAAGAGUUUGUGCUGGUGGAUGACCGAGAACAGGAGGAGGGGGAGGGGGUGCCACACAGUGACAGCCGAACUGGAGAAGACUGGGAGAUGGUCUCGGUAGAGGAUGAGGGAGGAAAGACUUUGGUCGUGGACAAAGAUCCCGAAGGACUGAGUGACAUCCUGGAGCAGAGCCGUAUCCUGGAGGCAGAGCACGUCAGGGAGAUCUCCAGUGAGCUGCCACCCCGCACUGUGGGUCACGCCUGGCACCUGUCCUAUAGCACGUCUCGGCACGGCUCCAGCCUCAAGUCCCUCUAUAGGAAGCUGGCCGGCACUGAGUCUCCAGUACUGAUUGUCAUCAAAGACUCCCAAGGCCAGGUGUUUGGAAGCUUCCUUUCGCACCCACUGAGACCCAGUGAGACGUUUUACGGCACUGGUGAGACCUUCCUGUUCAUGCUUCACCCACGCUUCAAGUGUUUUCGCUGGACUGGUGAAAACUCCUUCUUUAUAAAGGGAGACCUGGACUCGUUCGCCAUUGGUGGAGGAAGUGGUCACUUCGGCCUGUGGCUGGAUGAAGCCCUGUACCUCGGCCGUUCCAGCCCUUGCCACACCUUCAGCAACUGCUGCCUCUCUGAGACGGACGACUUCCGGGUCAUGGAAAUGGAGGUGUGGACCUUCUGCUGAAGACCCCCCCCCCCUUCCUUGGCAAAACUGAGCCCACCAAGAGAACCCUUGUGUUUUUUCCUGCGGAUGGAGUGAAUGGUAGGAGGAAUCGCUCUCCUGAUGUAGGGGAUUAGCUCUCCUAGAUGAGGGGCCCACCGCUGCAGUCUGUGAACUCUGACCUCAAUGGAAACUAGGACAUUAUUAAAUUCACUCUUAAAUGAGGUGUGAGGGGAGAGAGAGCAAUCGGGAGCUGAGAUGAUGCGUUUCGCACAGGAGAGAAAUGUACUGUAGAUAUUUUCACUUGAAUGUUGUUCUUUUUCCCCUCAACGGACCUCACUUUCAUGGCAGUGGUCAUGGUCUUGAACCUCAUAAAAUGAGGCUUGUGCUGUCAUUCCUGGUUUUCUGCUUUGCUUGGACUGCCACUUGGCCCCCUCCUCGUGUAAUGGCUAGACCCGGCCAACUUGAAGAGAAAGAGACAGAAAGAACUCCUUAUGGAUGAAGAUUAUCCGUGUGUCGUUCAUUGCAAGUGGAUUGGUGCACAGCUUUAAUAGCAAAAAAAAUAUUGAGUUGUCAGUAAAGCGAAAAUACAAAGACUUUCCCAUUACCACUGACUGCAACCUAACAAUUAUUAAUGUUGUCCUUUUAAAAAGAUCACUAGUAUUUUAAAUCACCCAGUGCCCCACACCUACUAUGCUCAUUACUGCUAUGGUAUCCAUGACACAACCGUCUACCUGUACUCAAAACACAAGCAAAACCUACCAUUCAUGUUCACACUGUAUAAUAUUAAUAAAAGUUACAUUCAUACAAUAUUAAAAUAUGGUUAUU